AGAAAAGAAAAUCAAGCUUCAAUUAGAGUCCCUUCUCUCUCUCCCCUGCUGUGAGAAACACAAAACGCCGCCGUCGUUUUUCUACUCCGCCGCCGACCAUCGUCUCAGCUGCGGAGAAAAAUGGUUCGUUCAAAGGCUCCUGCUAAGAAGCAACAGAAGCGUGGAGUCGAUUUUAAGAAAAUAAAGAGAAAGCUUGGUAGAAAAUUGCCGCCGCCGAAGAAUGCUACCAACACGGAGAUAAAAUCCAAAGCAAUCAUACUUCCUGAGCAGAGUGUGGCAGCAGAGAAGGCGGGUUUGGCUUUGAGCAAGAAGGGCUUGACUCUGAAGGAGCUUCUACAGCAUACAUCUCAUCACAAUACCAAAGUUCGUAAAGAUGCAUUGAUUGGUAUCAAGGACCUUUUCACGAAUCAUCCGGCAGAAUUGCAGUCACAUAAAUUUGCUGUUAUACAGAAACUUCGGGAGCGCAUUAGUGAUGAUGAUGAGUUAGUGAGACAAACAUUUUAUCAAUUAUUUAAGACGGUGAUCUUUCCUGGUUGUAAAGAGGAUAACCGGGGUCCCAUGGUUUCCCUUUUGAUGCCAUAUAUAUUUAGCGCAAUGGCAAAUUCCGCCAUUGAUGUUCGCUUGAUGGCUUUCAAAUUUUUCGAGCUUGUUGUGCAGUACCAUCCGCCUACCUUUUCGUUGUACGCUGAUAAGGUUUUAAAAAACUAUGAAGAUAUUAUUCAGAAAAAUCAGUUUUAUGUGCAAGAUAAAGGAAAACUAAAAGUUGCUCUUUCUGGACUGGUAUAUUGCCUAUCGCUGUUGCCAUGUGAAAAGUUCGAUGCGGACUCACGUAAAAAGGAUUCAUCUCCGGUUGAAGUGCUACUUGCUUAUGGGCGCAAUGCCACAAAAGACUCUGUUAGAUUUGUCCAUAUCUUCGGAAAAUUGAAGGAAAUUAUUGUAGCUUUAAUCAAUUGUUUCCAAGACUUCAUCCCUUUGGUUCAAUCUAUGCCGGCAUUGGAUGCACAGUCAUUUGAUUGCAUACAUCAUAUACUUCGCAGCAUAUCUUAUGCAAUCAAGUUUUCUAGUAAUGGAAACAUUCAAGAACAGUGUGUAUUGGUACCUGCCUCUGAAGGAUCUUACCCAAUUAUAUGGGAUUAUGACAUGGCAUCAAUGUUUUUAAAAAAGUUACUUGGUGUUUUCCCCCUAAAUUCUGUGAACCAUCUUUCCGAAAAGGGUGAUGAAAGAUAUUUCGUUCUGAACAGCAUUAUCACAGAAAUAUUUUUGCAAGUAACUGAAUGGAUCCACCCUCCAGCUGAUUUAUGUGAUAAAUUUCUGGAAUUUGUUGAAAAUACACUUCUAGGCAAGAUAACCAAAAGCACUAGGUCUAAUAGAUCUAUUCAUGAAAAGAAUUUACUUGCACUGUUGCCUUUUAUUCCAAAACUUGUUUCGAGGGUGGACAAUGAUUGGAGAGAUAGUCUUCUGCAGGCAUUUACUCAGGCCUAUAAGGAUUGCAAGCCAGAGUCUCCACUUAAACUGGCCUGCAUUUCGAGGAUUGAAGAAAUGAUUAUCCCUAAGCAAGGCAUCCAGUACCUCAGCGUAAAUGAUCCAGAAAUAUACAAUUACCAAUUUGAUUGGAUAAGUGAACUUCCGUCACUGCUACAUCAGCUAGGUGAUAAGCAUCCGUCAUCCUCCCAGGCUGUCUUGCAACUUGUGCUUCGUCUUGGACAGCAUGGCUUUCUGAAUCCUUCCCGAACAUUUGAAGAUGAUUUCAGAAACUUCUACAGCAAAUCUGGGGAAGAAGGGGAGGCAAUUUAUGGGCCUUUUGUCGCUCUACCAAGGGAAGUCCAAGAAUUAUCCCUCUGUUGCGUCUACUAUUUCAACAAUGUCAGCUCUUCUCUGUUGACAUCAAUUGUUUCCUGUUGCCUGUAUCCUCGUCUUGAACCAUCUGUGUUGUAUCGGAUAGUGGAAGUUCUGCAUUCCGCUUUUAGGGUUGGAUAUAUAGAGAUUAAAGAUCAUAUCAGCUUCCUCAUCACCUUAAUUGCACGUUUUAAAGUUUUCCCAGAGAAAGUGUACUUGGCGAUGGAGCAUGAUAAGCAGGAAACUAAUCGUGAUACGUUUAAAGCACUUACCAAGAUUGUGUGCUCCUGUUUGUCUGAAAUGGGCAACAACUCGCUCGUCAUCCAGAUUCUCGAGAAAAUUCUACUAGAGCGAAAUAUUCUGAAGACUUCUCUAGACAAUGCAUGUGCCAUGCUCAGGAUAAUCUGUGCCAUUGACUCUAAGCCCACCAGGCUCUCUGAGCAUAGUGUUAUCACCCUAAGUGAAUUCCUGCCGGGAUAUCUGAUUCACGUUGUUUGCUCUAUCCCGGAAGAUAAAGAUAGCUCUUCGGCCUACAUACAGACAUGCCGAUACUACCUAGUACCUUGCUUUUUCUUGUUCGAACGAAGCACUAGGCUUGCGGAUCUUGUCUUAACCAAAAUGGGUUCGAUAGUGAGCGAAAAUGCUGAAGCUCUCUUAUCUGGACAGAAGCGGGAAAGUGAUGGAAAUUCGUUGGGUAUGAUAAGAAGCAUCGUCUCGAUCAUCCUGUUGAUGCAUGGUGAUGUUAAAGUCAGGAAAAUACUUUCCUCAUCCAAGUCCGUGAUCGAUCUUGUGCUACGAAAGGUGCUCUUAUUGCAGUCAUCGGAAAACGCUAACUUGACAGUGGAAGGAACGCACACGAUGAGAAUCGCGGGCGAGCGACUGAAGAUUUUGCAUCAGACGGUUUGCUCGACAUAGUAAUAAGCUUAAAGCCGAAGUCAUUGAAGCUUGACAAAGGUUCAAGAAUGUCUGGUAAUGGAAAAAACGCAGUUCGAGCUGACUUAAAGGGUUAUGAAGAAUCUACAAUCACUGUAACAUAAAAGGGAUCUCUCUCUGGAAAUGGCUUAGAGAGCUCUUCUUCUCACAUAUAUUUUGCUUUCCUCUUUUUGUACACAAAGUGGCAAUAUUUUGGUUGAAGUUUUGGUCCCAUUAGUGGAAUGACUUUUAUAAGAAUUAAAUUCUAUAA